AUGUGUAAUUUCAUUGUAACGUGUCUGUCAAUGCUAUGGACUCUCCUGAGUAUUGUCAUGGCUUUCACAGAGCUCAUUGCUUUCAUGAGUGUGAAAUGGCUGAUUGGCAAAGCAAAGUGUUUGAGGUUUGAGGGCAUGGACAACAGAAUGAGAGAGUUGCAGGAGUCUUGCUCUCCAAUGCUGGGCAUCUAUAGGUGCUGCACCAAAAUCUCUCACAUGCAACUUUCCAGACGAGACACACUUUGUGGUUCUUACACCAAAAACUUCAAUGAGAUUGCCAGUGGUUUCUGGCAGGCAACCGCUAUUUUCCUAGCCUUGGGUAUCAUGAUUCUCUGCACCAUGUCAUUUGUGUCUGUCUUUACUAUAUGUGUGCAGAGUAUUAUGCCGAAAAGCAUUUUUAAUGUCUGUGAACUGCUACAAGGGAUUCCAGGCCUCUUCCUUAUCUUAGGCUUGAUACUUUACCCUACAAGUUGGGGAUGCCAGAAAGCAAUAGGCUAUUGUGGACCUUAUGCUUCUGCUUACAAGCUAGGAGACUGCUCCUGGGACUGGACUUUCUAUAUAGCUGUUGGUGGCACUGUUCUGACAUUCAUCUGUGCAGCCUUCUCGGUGCAAGCUGAAAUAGCAACAUCCAGUAACAAAGUGCAAGAAGAAAUAGAAGGAAGAAUUUAA